AUGACUGUGUUGCCUCGAGCGGUCCUGCAAAGCCCAGGAAAAAAUCCCAAGUUCAUAGAGCAGACUGUUUAUCCCUCAUUACACUUCGCAAGGAUUCAUUUGAUCAAAGACAAAGAUGGCAUAGAUGAUUAUUUGGCGAAGAAUAUCAAAGGGUUGUCAAGACAAGAAGCUGCUGCGACCAGGAAUUCAUACAAGAAGAACAUCUGCAUAGACAUGCUGCGACAGGGUUAUCACAAGUCCUUCUCCGAGCUCUUCGCUCUGAUACAGAAGUGGAAUGCCUUCAGGGAGGCUGCAGGGCCUGGGACAGCCAUAUGGCAGCACACGUCCCUGGAGGAGCAGCCUGAUAAGCUGGAUCAGCUUUACCACUUCCUGACCAGGGCUGAGGCAGCCCAGCGAGCAGGACACUAUGAGGAGAUGUAUGAUAACCAGCUUAACUUGGCCUACUGUUUUAAUGAACCUGAGGACAAAUGGUUACGUAAUUACUUUUAUAAGCAAUGCUUCAACACUGCUCAACUAGUUAAAAUUGAUGGUGGGAAAAGACUGGCACAAGCACAUGCAAAUAUGGGCGUCAUCAAUGAGGAAAAAGGUCGUGUUAUGAAAGCUGCUGAGCAUUAUGAAGCAUUUUAUCAGCUAACAGAGGGUUUGACAUGGAAAGUUGCAACAGGCCACACUUACAAUUCACUGGCAUGUGAACAUCUCUGGAGAAUUUAUACCUUACUAGCAGACAAAAUGCUAGAAACCAAAGAACACCAACAGGCCAUCAAAAUGCUGAAGAAAGCUUUAAGACUAGCAAAAGAAGGAGGUGAUAUGAAGUUGGAAGGAGAAGCUUCAUAUUGCUUAAGUUUAGCAUAUCAUUUUGCUGGACAACAACAGGAAGCAUUAUCAAUUUUGAACACCUCAGUAAAAAUCUUCACAGCAAUUUGUGAUUCUGCUGGCCUAAGCAGAGCAUAUGCAGCUAUAACUGAGAUCCUGGUAAGUCAGGGAAAAGCAGCUGAAGCUAUUGAGUACUUGGGAGAGUUUAUGAAGGCUGCUGAGAAUACCGAUCUAAGCCAGUGCCUGGUGGAUGCGUGCAUAUUACUUGGGAAUAUUUACAAUGGAAAAGGGACCUACAGUGAAGCUUUUGAAAAAUUCAAACAGGCUUUUGAGACAGCAGAAACUUUUAAUAAUAUGCCCUUAGUGAAUAAAACAAAGAUCUACUGUGGCAUUGCAAAGGCUCAUAAAAUGAUGGUGGCAUUUAACAGCCAUAUAGAAGCAGAAGAUCCCGUUAGCCUCAAGUACCUGCUGGCAUGGAAGGAGAACAGAAGUGACGUGUUCACUGACCCUCUUACAGUUGAGAGCAUCUGGGACCAGUAUAGUGGUGGUGGCUCUAAGAAGGGGCUCACGUUGCUGGUGAAGAUCUUGCAAUGUCUGGAAGAUGUGUCCAGCUCUUCAGGAGCAGCCUCCUCUCGUGUGGAGGCCAGGACUGCAUGCACCCCAACUCGCACAGAUGGGACCUCACCUCCCAUGGGCUCACUGCCCCAGGGGAGGGGAAGGCUGGAUGUGGAGUGGGGCUGCUUACAGGCCACGCUCCUGGCUGGAGAGGAGAUAAACGUCCCCAGGGGUACCACCGUGUCCAUGGGACCCUAUGAUGAGGUGAAUACCUCUGUGCUGAGGUAA